AAUUUCCAGCUAAAUAAAGUUUGGUUUUUCCGACCGCGUCCUGAAAAACCCCGCCGGCUGCCAGCAAGUGUGUUGGCAUCAGGAACGCCGGAGUUUAAUAGUUGGCCCGUCGAGUAGAUGGCAAUAUAAAGUAAAAUAUUUAAGCGUGCUUAAAAUAACCCGGAAUCCCUUCUUCCUUAAUCCUUAGGCAGCCACCGUUCUCUGAUCUCAAAAGCCCCGCAUAAUAAUGAAGUAUUAAAAAAAAAAUCCUAUAUCUUGCAAUUUAAAUUGGCUCUGUGUGUGUAUGAGGGCAAAGAAUUUUAAAUUAAGGUGAAUUUAAAGAGUUAAAGCGGAAAAACCUUUAAAGUUAAAAGGCCGUCUUUAAAGAGAAACUAAUUAUGCCAUUGUAGUGAGCCGUAUUAAAAUUGGCAGCUUGACAAAUUCUUAAUGAUGGCGUGAGCUCUUGGGUGGGUGGGUCAUGCUUUCCCCCCUGCCUUGGAACAGCAUGUUUAGUGCUCGCUUAAACAAAAUCUGAAAGUUUGCAGCAAUCAUCCUAGAGGAUGAGAACUCUGCAGCCCUGCCCUUUUUAGGCAGUUUUUCGUAGAGCCGGGACCGCGUCACCGCAUCCUCUUGCCAUGUCACCUGUUCAUAUCUGCUGUUUGAGCCAUGCGUAAGGGACGGAGCCGUGGUUUGGAUGGGGCUGAUACUGAGCUUGCUCAGUUUUGCGUGUCAAAGAGACAGAUUUUUGCAAGCGAAAAAUUUUGGGAGCUGAAAAUCAGACUCUGUUACAAAAUGAGGUUUUUUUGCCUCCUGGACCACAAUGAAUGUGGAACAUGAAAUCAACCUCUUAGUUGAGGAGAUUCGGCGGUUGGGAACCAAAAAUGCUGAUGGCCAAGUGAGCGUGAAAUUCGGUGUGCUCUUUGCUGAUGAGAAGUGUGCCAACCUCUUUGAAGCCCUGGUGGGAACUCUUAAGGCUGCAAAACGACGGAAAAUUGUCACUUAUCAAGGGGAGCUGCUUCUACAAGGCGUUCACGACAACGUCGAGAUCAUGCUGCUGCAGGACUGAGGCAGUGUUUCAGCUAUGCAUUAAUGGAAAAUUGUUUCAGACAGUGACUUGCAACCUCCUCUGAAUAAGGCUGAUCAUUGGAAGGUGUUUGGAUGUAUUUUUACAUCCAAGCAUCCAAUUUGUAUCUUUAUAGUCGAAAGGAAACUCUUCUAUAUCGGAAAACAUUCCCUUUUGUAAUUCUUCCUAAAAUGGUACUGUAUGUAAGGCAAAAGAUGCCAGAUCUUUCUCUUUUUUUUAUUUUUAAAUUUUUUUUAAUUUUUAAUCUCAGGUAAUGCUCUCAAAAGCCUGGUGGUUAUUUUCAACAUAUGAAGAAGAGGCCUGGUAAUUUAAUGUUUACAAAUCAAAGUGUGCCAUGAAAGUAUGAAAUAAAAGCACGUACUGAAAUUUAUGUAA